ACACGAAAGGAAAGUUGAGGAGGUUGUUUUAGUUGGUGGAUCUACGAAAAUCCCCAAAAUCGAGACGAUGGUCCAGCAAUAUUUUGGGAGAAAACCAUGCAAAGACGUCGAUCCAGACAAAGCAGUUGCAACAGGAGCAGCACUUCACGCUGCUUCUUUGAAUGGCCAAGCAACUGAAAUCGGCAAGUUGGUAGAUGUUACGGCGAAAUCGCUUGGAAUUGAAAUUUGCGAAACAAAUAUGGAAGUAGUCAUUGGCAAAUUCAAAAGCAUUCCAUGCAAAGAGUCAAAAACAUUUGUGACAGACCAAGACAAUCAGGACUUUGCUCGUUUUUGUGUGUUCGAAGGAGAAAGCGAAAAGACAGAGAACAAUGAAUAUCUUGAUGGGUUCACCAUAUCUGGUCUGCCCAAACUUAAAAAAGGAAAAGUGAAAUUCAGAGUAACUUUUACUGUUGAUGUCAAUGCUCUUCUUACUGUCUCCGCUGUUGUAGUCGAGCCAAAAGCACUCAGUGAUCUUCAAGGCCAUUGCAAUGUCCAAACACAACGAGAGAGAAUGUCCGAGGAAACAAUCUUAAUGAGGAGAGCGAUGAUUGACAAAAUGGACAAAAUAGACGACGAAAACUUAAAGAAAAGUGUUGCCGAACAGCAAUAUAAAAAGCUUGUCAGGUCGUAUCAAGAAAAGACAAAAAAUGACUCAAAGGCGUGCGAGGUUUCAAAAAAACUUACCACUUGGUGGAACGAGUCCUUUUCAAGUUCCGACUCGGAGUCGUUGAUGGCUAAGUUACACGACUUUGAAGGUCAGUUGAAUAGUAUAUAA